AUGGCUCGCUCCCGUCCUCCACCCGUACUGGCCAGUUGUUGCGAUCCGAUGGCUUACUCUCAAUCUCCGACGGCGUGUGGCGAUAGGGCUUUGAAGGCCAACACCACUCGUCGAAUUGAAUACGGCAUUGUGAAAGACUCUGCUCCUGUACUCGGCCGUCGUCUUGAUUCACCAGAAUCAUUUUGGAGCAUAAUCUCUCGGUCUCUGCUCAAAGUUUUGGUGGGCGGAAAACUGGCCGAUUGGAUCAUGAUUCGAGUCGUGCGUUGGACAUAG